GGGCAGCUCAGAGCGAGCCGGAGAGGGUCGAACUCAGAGCGGGGUCGGAGCGCGGGGCAGGCACUGAGAGGGCCGGCGCGGGGCGCGGACCGGCUGCAGGAUGUUCAGCUGGAUGGGGCGGCAGGCGGGCGGGCGCGAGCGCGCGGGAGGCGCCGACGCGGUGCAGACGGUGACUGGCGGCCUGCGCUCGCUCUACCUGCGCAAGGUGCUGCCGCUGGAGGAGGCGUACCGCUUCCACGAGUUCCACUCGCCGGCGCUGGAGGACGCCGACUUCGAGAACAAGCCCAUGAUCCUGCUGGUGGGCCAGUACAGCACGGGCAAGACCACCUUCAUCAGAUACUUACUGGAACAAGAUUUCCCAGGCAUGAGGAUUGGUCCAGAGCCUACCACCGAUUCCUUCAUUGCUGUGAUGUACGGGGAGACUGAGGGCAGCACCCCAGGGAACGCUUUAGUCGUGGACCCCAAAAAGCCAUUUCGAAAGCUUAGUCGCUUUGGAAAUGCAUUCCUGAAUCGAUUCAUGUGCUCCCAGCUGCCCAAUCAGGUCCUGAAGAGCAUCAGCAUCAUCGACAGUCCCGGCAUCCUGUCUGGGGAGAAGCAGCGCAUCAGCCGAGGCUAUGACUUCUGCCAGGUCCUGCAGUGGUUCGCAGAGCGUGUGGACAGGAUCAUCCUGCUCUUCGAUGCUCACAAACUGGACAUCUCAGACGAGUUCUCGGAGGCCAUCAAGGCCUUCCGGGGCCAGGACGACAAGAUUCGUGUGGUGCUGAACAAGGCCGACCAAGUGGACACACAGCAGCUGAUGCGCGUCUACGGGGCCCUCAUGUGGUCCCUGGGCAAGGUCAUCAACACACCCGAGGUGCUUCGUGUCUACAUUGGCUCCUUCUGGGCACAGCCCCUGCAGAACACUGACAACCGCCGCCUCUUCGAGGCCGAGGCCCAGGACCUCUUCAGAGACAUCCAGAGCCUUCCCCAGAAGGCGGCCGUGCGCAAACUCAACGACCUCAUCAAGCGAGCGAGGCUGGCCAAGGUACAUGCCUACAUUAUCAGCCACCUGAAGAAGGAGAUGCCGAGUGUAUUCGGAAAGGAAAACAAGAAGAGAGAGCUUAUCAGCAGAUUGCCAGAGAUCUACCUUCAGCUGCAGCGAGAAUACCAGAUUUCUGCCGGGGACUUCCCAGAAGUCAAGGCAAUGCAGGAACAGCUGGAGAGCUAUGACUUCACCAAAUUCCACUCGCUGAAGCCCAAGCUGAUCGAGGCGGUGGACAACAUGCUGAGCAGCAAGAUCUCGUCCCUGAUGAACCUCAUCAGCCAGGAGGAGAUAAGCAUGCCCACUCAGCUCGUGCAGGGCGGUGCCUUCGACGGCACCACUGAGGGCCCCUUCAACCAGGGCUACGGGGAGGGUGCCAAGGAGGGUGCCGAUGAGGAAGAGUGGGUCGUGGCCAAAGACAAGCCCAUCUACGAUGAGCUCUUCUACACCCUGUCGCCUGUCAACGGCAAGAUAUCAGGUGUCAACGCCAAGAAGGAGAUGGUGACAUCCAAGCUGCCCAACAGCGUCCUGGGCAAGAUCUGGAAGCUGGCUGACUGUGACUGUGACGGCAUGCUGGACGAGGAGGAGUUCGCGCUGGCCAAGCACCUCAUCAAGAUCAAGCUGGACGGCUACGAGCUGCCCAGCAGCCUUCCCGCCCACCUCGUGCCCCCCUCCCACAGGAAGCCCUUGCCAAAGGCCGACUGAGGGGUGGGCUGCUCUCAGGGUAGGCAGUGGGCGGUAGGGGUGGCGGGGAGGUGGGGAGGCGCGGGCCUGAGGCCCGUGCUGCCACUGACUCACUGACUCUGGCCACGGCGCUGCCCUCUGUGCCUCAGUUUCCCCACCGGUGGAAUGAGGAGGGCAGACACAAGUCACUAGAUGAGGUUCUUUCACCUCUGAAAUUCCCUGAGUUUCUAUUAAAAUAUUGGGAGGAGGGGGUGGGUAAGGAGAUCGAAGGGUUGAGAAAAAAGAGAAAUUGACCAAAGAGUACUGGGAGGCCCGGAGAGAUGUAGACGUGGGGGCCAGCUGGGUAGACUCCCACAGCCACAGGGGGUGGGCUGGGGGCUCUUCCGGAGCCGGGGAGCCUGUGCGGCGCUGGGCCACACACCAUCAUGCACCUGCUUUGGCUCCUGUCUGUCCCUUAGAGGGUACCAGGAGGGAGCAAAGUUGAUCUUAUUUAUUUCGUUUCCUGCUGUGUUGAGAGUGGAACAUAACAGAGCACAGAAGGUUUCUGUUCUCUCCAGGCCAUCUACCAAAGAGAAGACUGCUUCCCCUGGGUUUGUGCCUGUGUUUGUCCCCAUCCCUCCUGCAGGCUGGAGCGGGACAGGCAGCCAGGCCAGCAGAGAGCAUCCGUGAUACCCAGCACCCCCCUGACUAACCCACCCAGAGCUCCCCCCACCCCGGACCUUCCCAGCAAAGUUGCAUUUGGUUGGGAAUUUGGAACUCAGAACCUUUAUUAGCCCCUGGCAAGAUUUCUAGUAUUCAAGUCAUGUUGAAGUCUGAAGGUGGGCUUUUCUUACUGGUCUGUCCAAUAAUUUGUAGCAAAGUCUAUUUAUCAUAAUCAAACUACAGUAAAGGAAAGAGGUGGUUCUCUGCGGUCGUCAGUGUGGUGACAUGUCCCCAAGGCUCCUUGGUCAAUGACAGGAUUUAAAUUUAAACCCAUGUCUUGGUGCCUGCAGUGUGCUGGGCCUAGGGACCCAAGGGAAACACAAGGUGAGCCCGCCUCAGGUUGUCAGGUAGUAAAGGUCAUUCUCUAGCUUUAGACACUAUUUUUAUUUUAAAAAAUAGGCAUUUUUAUUAUGUCCAGUUUUUCUUACAAGAAAAGCCUUUAUACAGAAACAGGACAGAAUCUUUCAUAUGAAGCCUUUUCUUCAAAAGGCUGUGAGGUUCAUAGUGUGCAUGCCCAUCACAAGGCAGGAUUUGGUUCCUGAGUGUUCUCUCUCUAAGUCUCCGUAUAAAGCUCUCUGGUCCACUCACUCAGGUGCCCAUCAGGCGGAGGCGGAAGCGGGUAAUGCUCACUGCCACCUUCCCUCCUCUGUGGGCUACUCACUUCAUUAUUAUUUAUGCAGUACAAAAGAGAGACACAAAAUGGUGAUGGCCGCAUGGCACUGAAGUGAAGGAAAUCAGAACAGUCCCGCCCGAGCCUUCCAAAAACCACAGUUUUUUCUUUUUCUGAUAUUGCCUGUGACAUCAGGAUGAGAGAUGCAGACUUAACAUUUUUAUUUUGGGGAAGCUUUUAUCCAGAUGCCACCCCUCACACUCCCUAGUUUACUUUUUAAAUACUAUCACUUUAAGAGAAGUAAAUUCAUAAUAGGAUUUUUAAUCUUAAUGAGCACUUUGAAAUUAAUCAGAAACGUAGCAAAGAAAGGUUUAUGUCAGUACUGUAAUAUAAGCAGAUGGUUUGGUGAACCCCAUGAGGACUGCCCAAGUGUGCACCCACAAGGGGGUCCUCCAAAGGGCAAAGCAGAGGGAAAAAGAGAGAAUUCAUUGCUCCAAAGGUUUGGCGAUGCCAGGGUUAGCCGCUUUUCCACUCAGAUUUAUCCUGUUCUUUUAGUUAUUCCCAAUCGUCAUAAAGAUAUAUAUAUACACACACACACCACAUGAGUAUGUAUUCUUGAUACUUCUCAACGGGUAUAUAUGCAGAUACGGCCCAGUUUUGUCUGUGCAGACAUAUAGGAAAGCUUUUAGACUGAGGUUUCUGCUUUCUACACGGAAGGAAACUUCUCGAGGCACUGUGCUCGCCACCCUCAUGCCGUCAGGUGGGAGAACAUCUGGUAGCUGCACCCUUUCCCUGCUGAGAAAGAUUAAAAAAAAAAAAAAAAAGGAAAUCACAUGCCCAUUUUUCUUAACAUCUUCUCUUACAACAUGAUGUCAUUCGUUGUGAAAAGUUGAUUGGAAAGAAAGCCCUGGAAAACCUCAGGGAUGGCUGCCAAGGAUGAGGACCCGUAUGUUCCCAGGACCCGCACGAAGUUCCUUGAGUCUGUGUCCAAAACACCCCUUAUCCUGCCUCCCCGUGCAGCAGGGCUGGGGGACAGCAGAGCCCUCUAGAAUUCUGUUCACACUGCCCAACCGCAUUGCCUUCCCCACAUCACCCCAAUUUUCAAAGUACCCCCUCGGCAGGGGGUGUUUUGCAGCAGGGCAGGAGGGUGGAGGUAGGUAAACUCUAGCACUGUGAGACUCUCCAUGCUCUCCACAACUCCACGGAAGAUCUAAGAAUCUUGACUCCGUUUUCCACACAGCCCCUGGUACCACGUAACAAACCUCUGCAGCCUUGAGUUUAGGGGGGAAAUCAAUUUCUGCCUCCCCCUCCCAAAGUCAGCUUGCAAGUUGGAAGCCUGCCAAUGAGGCCCUCCUGAACCGAUCUGUAAAGAAACGUUGCACCAAGACCUCUCACAACCCUUCGGUUUCAUGGCAACGUGCAGGCAUCCAACCUGCUCCAGCCCAGCUUUGUACCUGGAGUCCUUCCUUACUGCACACUGGGAUGGCCCACAGGUCCCCCUGCGAGGGGGAGGGCCAUUCAUUUAGCUUUCACCUUUCCAGGGCUGGACUGGGUCCUCAGAGCACUUGUCAUUAUGCAGCUAUAGCGUCUUUUGAUUUGCAGUUGUUCCUCCUGCAGGACGGUGGGCCUUUGAGGAGUUAAAUUCUGUAUCACGGGACUGAGUGUCCAGGCAGAUCAACAAGCAUGUGCGGAGAAGCCAAUGCCUCCUGCCCUCCCCUCAACCCCCGCCCUGAUUACCAGCCCACGGGGGAAGCCUCCGCAGAGCCGUGGCCCCACCACCCCUGACCACAGCCCUUUGCCAUGCUUCCACCGGGCCUCCCGAGGAGCAGCCUGUCCACCACACUGGGAAUGUCUUACACUGCAGCCCACUGCCCAGUGGGGGGCUUAGCCACCAGUCACGGCCUGACAGCCACCACUGGGACCUCCCCACUUUGCACCAUUACACUCCUUCAUUACGCCCAGAGCGGUACCCCAGGAAAAUUGCCUUGAAGAUCAGGAAAGCCGUUAACAGAGGCACUGUUUAUUUCCUCCGCAGAAUGUAGCAGAGAAAUAACGUUCUUAGGACAGAUAACCACUGAGUUUAAUCAGGUAAACGGGCCUAAUUUAAGAGUGUAUCAAGUUACUGUCCAUUAGCCCAUGCAGUUAAUACACAAUGCUUCUAUUUUUUUGUAAUCUUGUUUAGAAGUGUCAAACAAACGAAGACACAAUCUAUUGAUCAAUAAACUUCUGAAAAAUUUA